AUGGCUGGAAGGAACGAUGCUCCGAUUGCUGCUGCUUUGGAGGCUAUGGCUCAAGCUCUGGAACAUCAACCUAAUGCUGGUGAGAAUGCUGGGUCUCGCAGUUUGGCUACCUUCCAGAGGGAGAACCCGCCGUGGCUAGAAACACGUCAGAGACUAGAAGCUGCAGGUGAAGAGAUCACUUGGGAUGUGUUCCGAAGGGAAUUUCUGAGGAAGUACUACCCUGAGAUUGUCCGUGGUAAGAAGGAAAUUGAGUUCCACAAACUGAAACAAGGGAACAUGUCAGUGACCGAUUAUGCUGCGAAGUUCACUGAAUUGGCCAAAUUUUACCCAUACUAUGAUGGAGAAGGUGCAGAGUUUUCAAAGUGUGUUAAGUUUGAAAAUGGGUUACGCUCUGAGAUCAAGAAGGCUAUAGGGUAUCAGCAGAUUCGCAUUUUUCCUAACUUGGUAGACAGUUGUAGAAUUUUUGAGGAAGAUAAUGUUGCUCACUAUAAGAUUGUCAGUGAUAGAAGAGGGAGGCAGAAUCAGCAACGUGGCAAGCCUUAUGACGCUCCAGCUGGCAAGGGCAAACAGAGAGCUUCUCCGGGCCAUAGAGCAAGUGGGGGAGGUGCUCCUGCUCCGAUUGUGUUUUAUGUAUGGAAAGGCUAG